AUGCAUAUGGUGCUGUCUGAUAAAAUAGGAAGCUAAAAAGGGAAGGAAAGAAAGGAAAAAGGUACAGUACAGUUCAUCUGAUAUUUUAGCGGAAUCUAACUGCAACAAAACAUAUCCAGAUUCUGACAACCUGCUGCAUAGAGUAGCUGAUAACUAGAAGAAACUGUAAAACAGGAAAGAUAAAUAAAGUGCAGUGACAUGGAAGGUCAGUGGAGACUGCUCAGUUGAGACUGCUGCACAUUUGUAACAAAGGAAGCAGUGAAACAUGACUAAAAGUACUUGAGUCUUCUAGGGUGUACUCACUGUGAUAGAAGGGCCUUAAGUGACCCAUGUGUGAAGUGAAUUAUGACUAUGCAGUCUACUGAGUCUACUAAGCACUUUGUCAAUGCUAUUAAUAAAAUAGUACCUUACCAUGGGAUUGUAUUUUUGUGCACUCGAGGACCCAACUGUUAGAAUGUUCAUUACUUAUAUUGUCAGUUUUGUAACAUUAACCAGUAUGAGUUCUCACAGUUAACAAAACUGGUGAAGAGAGUAUUUGUAUCUCAUUAGAGCUGUGGAAAGUAACAUGGUUGCACAAUUCUUCAAACCAUGGCAAUGCAACCAUCAACAUGUGUUACAAUGAUUAAGAACCGAAACCACCAAUGGCUCUUGUCUGUCGGUCAUAAUUACCGCAGCAAUUAAGAGUCUGGAAUUCUUCCAACAUCUUGAGUACUUUCUUAAACACUGACUGCCAUGUAGAUGCUGCUGGCCACAGCAGAACCACAUGCCUACUUCGUGUUGUUGCUGUCGGGCACAGCAGAGCCUCGCACCUGAUUCCAUGGGCUUAGUCUGGCUGUGAGACAUCCAUCACUAAGCAUGUGGCAGUCAAUGUGUUAAAGCCCAUUUUAUUCCAAUUCAGUUAUCCUACCUCCCCUCACUCCUCUUCUCCUAGAACCAUUACAGUAACCAGAUUUUGGAAAAAAAUUGUCUCCAGUUAACUGCACACUUCAGUAGCCAGACUACAACCUUGCUUGAAGUUUAAGUUUUUAAUAGUUCAGAAAUCAAUGUAAUCAUUUGCUGUGUGCCUUGGUAGUAGCUAACUGUAGCUUAAGCCAAAUAUGCAGGUGCAUCUGCUGUAAGCACUGUAUGAAGAGGAAUUAUCUGCGACUGUGUAUCCCAUUUAAGGAGAUUCAGAAAGAUGUGCUAACAAUACCUGACCCCUCUUCAAGAAGCAUCCAAAGUGUGCAGGGAACAAAUAGUUGCAAGAACAGGCACUUUUCAAAGCUUAAAGGUCUUCAGUCUCCUAACUACCCAGAGUACAAUAGCCUUACUUUUCUUGUCACAAGCUGUGGCACAAGUAGAAUGUGAUUAUCCUUUUAUUCACAUUGUGUUAUGUAAAUUCCAUCAUGAACAACUUUCUGGGAUGUAAAAUGAGUCAAGUUAUACAUUGGGUUGUAUGAAUAAAAACGAGAACAUUCUCCGGAGUUGAUACUCAGAGCAAAAGAACAUUCUCAAAGAAAGUUCUCAGUUUCGUAUGAAUAAAAACUAGGAAGCAUAAUCUCUGACCCUGGAGUACUUUCUCUCUACCUCCCCUCCUUACUGAGUAAGUUCUCAGCAAAGAGAUUAAAAUCCAACAUCUUUGGUUCUCAGUUUGUUUCGUUUGCGACUUUGCGUGUGUUUUGUGUUAGCGAAAGUUUUCUGAAAUUGUUUCUGUGCCGAAAUGGAAGACUCAGAAUUAGCGUUUGUUAACAUUAUUAAAGAUUACCCCGCAAUUAUCGGCAAAUCACAAGCUCCGGCCGCAAGAAGAGAGAAAGCGGAUUGUCUUAAAGAAGUGCAACACCGUUAUAUGGUUAAUUUCGGGAAAGAAAUAACGGACGUGCAGAUAAUGAAGAAACUGCACAAUAUGAAAUCCCGUAUCAAGGCGAAAACGGAUGUGAAUAAGACGGGAAACAUCAAGAUUUCCCUGAAAAAUUGGGAGCAGAUAUUUUUAAAGUUUUUGGACGGAGAUGACUGCAACCCAACUAUCCACAGAGUUCCUGGAGCUUGUGCAGUAGGUGGUGGUUCCACCUCUAUCAUUACAUCACCAAGGAAUUCGGAGGUAGCUGACACAGACUGCAUGUAUGAACAAGAGUCAAUUUUGCAGCUACCACUAAUUGUUCCAGCCGACCAUACGGAUCUCGUGGGCCCCGAAGUCGUCGUAUCUUCACAAUCGCCUGCUUCGUGGCAUGAGUGUGUGCUUAAACAUCGGCGAUUAAACAUGGAAACGGAUGAGACACGUAAUUUGUCUACUCCAGAGCUGCAAAGGCUGGUGCUAUUGUAUCAAUUGGACAUACUCAAACGAAGGCAGCAGAAAUUGAUGCGCGAAGAAGACAAACAAUAAAAUGUGUAGUGUCUUAUUUACAUAAUGAAUUUUAUUAAUAAAAACAUCUUUUUAAAGUGAA